GGCGAUGCAUCGGAAGUGAGGAUGGAGAUGGCGCCGGCGGCGAAGCAGCACCCGAACCUGCUCACGCGGCGAGAGAUGGAGGCGCUGACGGCAGUUUGCGACACCUUGCUCCCCUCCGUGCAGCUUCCCCGCGUCGACGACGAAGGGCUCGUCGAGUUCUACGCCACCUCAGCCUCCAUGGCCGGGACGCCUGCUGUCGUUGGGGGAUUGUUGUCCGGCGGAAUCAGGCACCCGUUGAUGUGGCUGCUGCGCUUCGCCUUGUGGCUCCUGUCGACGUGGUACGGCACCUUCGCGCUGUGCGGACGUCGGAGCUUGUCGCCGGAGUUCCCCUUCUUCAGCAGCUUCGCCGGUGUCGAGAGGGGGAAGCGGGAGGAGGUCCUUCUUGCGUGGUCACUCAGCUCGUUUUUCAUUUUCAGGAUGCUCUUCCGCACCUUCAAGUAUCUCAUCGCCUUCGUUUACUUCACUCAGUUGAAGGAAGACAAGACCAAUGUAGCGUGGAAAGCGAUGGAUUAUUGUGGCCCGGACCCUGACGUAAGCGUCUACAGCACUCAACGCGCGCCGCUCCAUGGCGCUCUGCUCCGGAUGGACAUGCCGAGGGACGCAAUCUUGCAAACCAUCCGAAGUGCUGGAUUCCGCGCCACCACCUCCUCGUUCCUCACCGUUGCCUGCGACGUCGUAGUGAUCGGCUCCGGUUGCGGUGGGAGCGUCGUCGCCGGCGUCCUCGCCAAGGCCGGCCACAAGGUCAUCGUCAUCGAGAAGGGUUCUUAUUUCCCGAGGAGCGACCUGUCUCUCCUCGAAGGAGACGCGCUGAGCCACAUGUACGAGUGUGGCGGCAUCCUCCCCAAUUGGGACUUGACGACUCUGUUCCUCGCCGGCUCCACCGUCGGCGGUGGGUCCGCCGUCAACUGGUCGGCCUCCAUUCGGACGCCGGAGCACGUGCGGCGCGAGUGGUGCGAUAAAUUCGGCCUUGAACUCUUCGGCAGAGAGUCCUACGACCGCGCGCUUGACGCCGUGUGCGACCGCAUGGGAGUGCAGACCGGCGUCGAGGAGGAAGGUUUCAACAAUAUGGUGCUGAGGAAAGGGUGCGAAGCGCUGGGGAUGGAGCCGGCUGACGUGCCGCGGAACGCACCGCCCGACCACUACUGCGGGUGGUGUCACCUCGGCUGCCGGAGCGGCAAGAAGAGGAGCACCACGGAGACGUGGCUCGCCGACCUGGCCGACUCCGGUAACGGGUUGAUUCUCCCGGGAUGCAGCGCGGUGAGGAUAUUAAUGCACCAAAAAGACAGAGGACCCAACCAGCGGCGACGCGUCGCGAAGGGCGUCGCCGUCGCCUUCGCCUUCGGCGGCGGCGUUCAAGAAUUCGUGGUGGAGUCGGAGGUGACGGUGGUGGCUUGCGGCGCGUUGAACACGCCGGGUCUGCUGAAGCGGAGCGGGCUGAAAAAUGCGCACAUCGGAAGGCAUCUCCACGUCCACCCGGUGGUGAUGGCGUGGGGGUAUUUCCCGCCGGAUAAGUGGCCGGACAAUGGGAAGAGAAACUACGAGGGAGGAAUACUGACAACCAUGUACUCCGAAUCCCACGAGUCGGGCUACGGGACGCUCCUGCAAACGCCGAUGCUGCACCCGGGGAUGUUCGCGACGGUGACGCCGUGGGCGUCGGCGGCAGACUUCCGGGAGAGGAUGGCCCGGUUCUCCCGCACGGUCCACGUGUUCGCGCUGGUGAGGGACAAAGGCUCCGGCACGGUGGACGGGUCAGAGUGGGUGUGUUACGGGAUGGAGGAGGAGGACGAAGGGAAACUGAAGGUGGCGCUGGAGGCGGCGAUUAGGGUACUGGCGGCGGCUGGAGCUGAGGAAGUGGGGACGCAGCACGCGAAAGGAGAGAGGGUGAGGGUCGUCGAAGGAGGAGUGGAAUGGCUUGCCCGAAAGGUUCGGAAAAGGGUGCUGAGGGACGGGAGGACGCCGGUGAUGUCGGCGCACCAGAUGGGGAGCUGCCGGAUGUCGGCGGAGGAGCGGAAAGGGGCGGUGAGCCAGUCAGGGGAGACUUGGGAGGUGGAGAAGCUGUACGUGGCGGACACGAGCGUGUUCCCGACGGCGCUGGGGGUGAACCCGAUGGUGACGGUGCAGGCCAUUGCUUACUGCACUUCCCAGAGCAUACUGAAAGUGCUACAGAAGCAGAAGCAGAAGCAGAAGCAACAGCAGUCCACUAUUUGAAACUAAUUCCACUUGUCUUCACCUCCCUCUCAGUCCUUUGCCAGACAUGCUAAAUUGAUUGUUUCAGUCUGGACCAUCUAUUUACUUCCUGCCACAUCAAUCAUCCUUAAAAAUCAAUUAGUUGCAACAGCAAUCUAAUUUUCGAGUGAAGAGUGAAGACCUCCAUAUCAGUUGAUUUAAUCUCUUCUAAC